UGGUUAUCCCAUGGGUAGGGUGUGGUACCGCUAUAAAUAGAGCAGAUUUCGGCUGAUUGUCAUUGUAAAUUCGAACAGCAAAUUACCAACAUGUUUGUAAAACUGGCCGUAUUAGCUUGCACCUUGGCUGUAGCCCUCGCGGUAUACAAUGGACCUUUGGCUGGUGGAGUCCCUGCGUCCCAGUUCCCCGCAGGAGUUAACCCACAGGCUUGCCCCAACUACCCCAACUGCGCCAACCCCUCCGUAGCCGUCGACCAGUCUCCCGUUUCCCAGUACAGCGCGGCUCCUCAGUACAAUCAGGCUCCUCAGUACAACCAAGCCCCUCAGUACAACCCUGCACCUCAAUACCAGCCCCAGUACCAACAAGCCCCACAAUACGCCCCUCAGCAGUACAACCAGGGUCCUGCCCAGUACGCCCCCAACGUUCAGAACGCUUUGGACCGCGGUGAAUACAUUGGAGAUGGUGACUACCACGGUGAAGGUCUCGCUGAAGCCCUUGCUCCCGGAUAUCAAGGACAAGCUCAAGCCUACAAUGCCGCCCCGGCCUACAACCAACAAGCCUACGCUCCUCAGCAGCAUCAACUUCCUGCCGGUGUAGGACAACCUGCUCAGAUUCCCGCAGGCGUUGAUGCCCGCUCCUGUCCCAAUUACCCGUUCUGUUCUUAAUUUAAACAAGCUAGACUGCCAGCUGACAACAUGUUGUUACACAAUUUAUUUUACAAAUUUGUAAAUGUUUGUAAUAUAGUCUAAAUCAAUUUAAUUUAAUAAAAGUUAAAAAAAAACCAAA